UGGGUGUGUCUGCCCACCGCUCCACUGUGGCUGCAUCAUGGGAGGGAGAGCGGACUUCGCCCCUUCUUCUUCCCCGUCCAGCUAACAGGUAGCCCGCAGAGAGCUCCCAGCUUUGGAAAAAGACCAGAAACUAAACAUGGCUGAUCUCAAGUCCCAGUUUGACAAAGCAGCAGAGGAGGUGAAGACUCUGAAGGCAAAGCCGUCUGAUGAGGAGAUGCUACAGGUUUAUUCUCUGUUCAAACAGGCCACCGUAGGAGACGUCAACACCACUCGUCCAGGGAUGUUUGACUUCACUGGGAAAGCUAAAUGGGACGCCUGGGAGAAGCAGAAAGGAAAGAGCCAAGAGGACGCCAUGAAUGAAUACAUUAAGCUGGUGGAGCAGCUGAAGGAGAAAUAUGGAAUCUAACUGUAAAUGUAGAAACACACGCUGCCCGUCCUGACGCCUUAAAACCACCAGCAGAGUGUCCUUAAAGACAGCAACACAGUCGACAUAGAAACCCAGACCUAGAGGGCCUGUGAGCUGGACUGCGAUGAAGAGAUUUACCUGCAGAAGGAGAUGGCAUCCUGUUUUCAUCUCUGGGAUCUUAGACAAGUCUACCUGCAUAGUCCUGUCAUUUCAAUAUUAAAGCAUUCCUCUUUAAUACA